UUCGGGCCUGAGGGGAGAAAACCGCAACUGAGGACGUUGGGGGCCGGCGGCUGCGGUGCGGGAGGCGGCAACGGGACGGUGACGCGCGGUUGGCGCGCCCGGGGUCCGGCUUCUGCAUCCGAGUAGAGAUGAAUACGGCCAAGGCCCGGGUGGGGCCCGCGGCUGACCGGCCUGCGCCACCCGAGGAGAAGGAGGGCGAGGCGGGCGGGAAGGAGCCGGGGGCGGACGCGGCCCCCGGGCCCAGCGCCGCGUUCCGCCUCCUAGUGACUCGGCGGGAACCGGCGGUGAGGCUGCAGUAUGCGGUGAGCGGCCUGGAGCCGCUGGCGUGGUCCGAGGACCACCGCGUGUCGGUGUCCACGGCCCGCAGCAUAGCCGUGCUGGAGCUCAUCUGCGACGUGCACAACCCGGGCCAGGACCUGGUUAUCCAUCGCACCUCGGUGUCUGCGCCUCUCAACAGCUGCUUCCUCAAAGUUGGCUCAAAAACGGAAGUUGCUGAGUGUAAGGAGAAAUUUGCCACCUCUGAAGACCCCACAGUCAGUCAGACUUUCAUGUUGGACAGGGUGUUCAACCCUGAGGGGAAGGCUUUGCCACCGCUGAGAGGAUUCAAGUACACUAGCUGGUCCCCCAUGGGCUGUGAUGCUAAUGGCAGGUGCCUCCUGGCAGCACUGACCAUGGACAAUCGCCUGACCAUCCAGGCUAACCUCAACAGACUGCAGUGGGUCCAGCUGGUCGAUCUGACGGAGAUUUAUGGAGAACGUCUUUAUGAGACCAGUUACAGGUUCUCUAAAAGUGAGGCCCCGGAAGGGAAUCUCAGGGAUUUUGCUGAGUUUCAGAGAAGACACAGCAUGCAGACACCAGUCAGGAUGGAGUGGUCAGGCAUCUGUACCACGCAGCAGGUCAAGCAUAACAACGAGUGCCGCGACGUGGGCAGCGUGCUCCUGGCCGUCCUCUUUGAAAACGGUAACAUUGCUGUGUGGCAGUUUCAGCUGCCGUUUGUAGGAAAGGAAUCUAUCUCUUCAUGCAACACAAUUGAGUCAGGAAUCAACUCUCCUAGUGUUUUGUUUUGGUGGGAAUAUGAGCACAAUAAUCGGAAAAUGAGCGGCCUUAUUGUGGGGAGUGCUUUUGGACCUGUGAAAAUUCUUCCUGUCAAUCUCAAAGCAGUUAAAGGCUAUUUCACAUUAAGGCAGCCUGUCGUCUUGUGGAAAGAAAUGGACCAGUUGCCAGUACACAGCAUCAAGUGUGUACCACUGUAUCACCCUUACCAGAAGUGUAGUUGUAGUUUAGUGGUGGCCGCAAGAGGACCCUAUGUGUUUUGGUGUCUUCUUCUGAUCUCCAAAGCAGGUCUGAAUGUUCACAAUUCUCACGUCACAGGCCUGCACUCACUGCCGAUUGUCUCCAUGACUGCAGACAAGCAGAAUGGGACGGUAUAUACUUGUUCCAGUGAUGGGAAGGUGAGGCAGCUGGUUCCCAUUUUCACAGAUGUUGCAUUGAAGUUUGAACACCAUUUGAUUAAACUCUCGGAUGUGUUUGGCUCAGUGAGGACACACGGGAUAGCCGUGAGCCCCUGUGGUGCGUACCUGGCCGUCAUUACCACCGAGGGCAUGGUCAACGGCCUCCAUCCCGUUAACAAGAACUACCAGGUUCAGUUCGUUACUCUCAAAGCCUUUGAAGAGGCAGCUGCUCAGCUUCUGCAAUCUUCAAUUCAAAAUCUUUUUAAGCAGGUAGAUUUAAUAGACCUAGUACGUUGGAAGAUUUUAAAAGAUAAACGUAUCCCUCAAUUUUUACAAGAAGCUGUGGAAAAAAAGAUUGAAAGCAGUGGGGCCACCUAUUAUUGGCGUUUCAAACUCUUCCUCCUGAGGAUUUUAUACCAGUCGAUGCAGAAAACCGCUUCAGAAGCCUUAUGCAGACCCAUCCUUGAGGACUCAAAAAUCUUACUAGUUGACUCACCUGGGACGGGCAAUGCUGAGGGCGAGCAGCAGGAAGAAGGCACUUCUUCCGAACAGACGAAUAAGCAAGGCCUUCAGGAGAGGAGCAAAGAAGGUGAUCCAGAGGGCCCCACAGAUGACUCACUCGCUCAGUCUGGAGACACUGGAGGCCGAGAGCCAAUGGAAGAGAAACUCCUUGAAAUCCAAGGGAAAAUUGAAGCUGUGGAAAUGCACUUGACCCGGGAGCACAUGAAGCGAGUCUUAGGCGAAGUAUACCUGCACACCUGGAUCACAGAAAACACUAGCAUCCCCACCCGGGGACUCUGUAACUUUUUAAUGUCUGAUGAAGAGUAUGAUGACAGAACCGCACGGGUGCUGAUCGGACACAUCUCAAAGAAGAUGAACAAGCAAACUUUCCCUGAGCACUGUAGUUUGUGUAAAGAGAUUUUGCCAUUCACGGAUCGCAAACAGGCAGUCUGUUCCAAUGGCCACAUUUGGCUCCGGUGCUUCUUAACCUACCAGUCCUGCCAGAGUUUGAUAUACAGAAGGUGUUUGCUCCAUGACAGCAUUGCCCGCCAUCCAGCCCCGGAAGAUCCUGACUGGAUUAAGAGGUUACUGCAAAGCCCCUGCCCUUUCUGUGAUUCUCCUGUCUUCUGAAUGUCCACGAUGGGAAGAUGGAAAGGGCAUGUACUCUGCUGUGGAAAGCGCCGUCCAGCCCCAAGAGCUAGGACGCGCAAGAGGAGAGGCGCCCUUCAUGACUGUACAUAGGGCGUGGGGACUCACUGCUGAAGUGCGUUCUCUGCCUCCAGGGACUAAAGGGUGUCUUUAAAGUGACUGAGUGCAGAGAUUUUAAGUCCUUUUGAGAUGAACAUUAUCCCCCAACUCCUUGCCAAUGAGGAACACUUAUUUUUCAAGUGUCUUGACUAAAGCAGUUUGAACAAAACGCAUGCCCUGUCACUUCUCAGAACAGAAUGGUCCAUUCUAGGGAGUAUGGAUAAGGGCCUUGCUGGGCCGACUUAGGCUUUUUAAUCCUGGCCUUGGUCUGGAACUGUCUUGUGGCUCCAGGGAGCUUUAAUUACCUGGCACGUGGUAUGCAGUGUCCCAACAGAUAUUAAAGUGUCUGAAACAACCUGUGGGCCUGAUAUUUUGUUCUCAACAAAUAGCUGCAGAUCUGCAUCCUGCCAGUUGUUUUUCAUGCAUAUUGAAAACAUUUUCUUAAAACUAUAUAUUUUAAAGAGGUUGAAGCCAAAACUAAAGUUGGUUUUAAUGUGUCAAAAGAUCAGGUGACUCUUGUAAGUUAAUAAUUGUGACUUAUUUUUAAUGAUCUGUCCCAUGUCAUCAGUUUCCUGCUCUGACUCCUUCACAGGUAUAAGGAUGUCAAGUAUUCCUGGUCAUCUGCGUUACAACCCUCUUCAGACUUCCUGUGACAACUUGGUGAGAUAUUUGUACAUAGAGGAAAACUAAUAUUUUCUCCUUUUAGUAUUAAAUUAAAACAUUUAAUAUUUUUAAUGUUGAUAUUUCCAGACGUAUCAUUUAUAGCCCGAGUCUGUCUAGAGACUUCCAGAAAGAGACAGGCAGCUCAGAAGUGUGGACCCUUGAGCUCUGGUGCUAUCGUGUGUGUAGCUCAGUCAACCAGAGGCUGGGAAUUCCUUCUCUCUGCAAAGGUCCUCGAUACUUAUAAUACAGGUAUUUUCCUGUGGACUGUUAAGAAGAGAUGUUAGACAUUAAUUGGUCUUAAAACCUACAUUUAAAAAUAGACAUUCUAGAACUACAGUGUUACUGGAUUUUUAAAAUAAGUAUCCUAGGGAUUGGUGCUAAUUAACAGGACUGUAACGAACUCACCUUGAAAUGGUGCAUAUUUCUGGAAAGUUGGUUGGGAAAUACAAAAUGUGAAAUUUAAGCGAUAUUAAACCUUUAUUCUAACACUUAUUCUUGCUUUUAUUUUUGUAUCCUUAGUGAGAGACGUUUUGUCCCCACUGAGAAACACUGGCUGUUUGGGGAGCGUGUAACAGAAACACCGCUCCCGCCUGUAGGCUCUCUCCCCCUAGUGUCUUCCCUGCUCUGUCCGUAGGUAUUGGAGACAAGAGCCCUUAAGAGGCACUUCCAGCCAGUCUGCUUUGAAAUGUCUUUUGUUUCCCAUUCAGAUUUUUGUUUUUGUCUCCUGUGUUUAAUUCUGUAUUUCUGCUGCUGUUUAAUUCUGCUGGCAUCGUCUGCUUAUCUUUCCUCAUUUUGGUGGUAAUUUCAAGAGGAGUGUUUAUCCAGACUUUAGGGUCCAGCAUGUUCAAAUGAUUGUCAAGGAAGAGAACCAGGCAGCAUUCAAAUCAGGAAGAACACAACUCGGAAAGUUGUAUAGUUGCGAUCAUUUGUGCCUAGAGCUGUUUCACUUUACAGUCAAUAUGACAGUAAAAAUUGAGAUCCUGUCAAGGCAUUACUGCAGUUUUUAUACUCACAGCAUGCUUAGUCUCACUUAUUUUUUUUUUUCCUAAUCAGAGUUAGUAGUUGAUUUGUUCUUAUUGGGGAAUUUUGUGCUGCUGCCGUUUAAAACUUACGUUUUUAUUUAAAGCAGUCAUGCAUUUGGGGGGAAAAUUUGACUCUUAGGAAUAAACUAAAAAGGGUCACCUGAGUUACUUUGUAUGUCUGGGUAGCAGUGAACAUGGCAACUCUUUUACUAGAACGUGGCUUCUCUCUGGGGGGGGGCUCUGCCCAAUGGCAUUCUUAAGGCUGAAGUCCAGCCAGCACCUGCCUCAAAUUCCUGCACACCGAGGUGGGAGCCCUCCGCCCCCCUCCCCACCCCUCCCUACCCCUCCCUUCUUCUGUGGAGGUUAAUCCAUUGACCUGUGAGAACGAGAGGAGAUUUUCAGUUAAUGGCAGAUCACAAACACAGUGCACUUCCGAAUGUCCUAAGGGUCAGCAUACUUGGUGACAGAGUGCUGAGCAGUGGAGCCCUGGAAGAGCGUGAGGGACACCGGGAAAUGGUCUCUCCUGGUUUACACUUACCAUGUCCUCCAGACCUUCCUAAAACUUACCUGAUCUGUGUAGUGGGUUUCAAGUUAAUUUCAGCUGUCACUGCUCCACGGCGUGGAUGAGACGGCCGCGAUGCCACUGCUUUGCCUGAAGGUGCAGGAGCAAAGGUCCUGUGCAAUUAGACCUUCUAAGCCACGACAGCGUUGCAUUUUGGGAGUCUGAUAGCCACACCUGUGUCACACUUUCUCUGUUGAGGGUUAAUGUGUUCCUGUUAUUCUAGAUAAGAAAUUGAUAGUUUGUUAGGCUUGAUAUUCAUUCUGAAAUCCUCAUAUGUCCACUACCCAGACUUCAAGCCAUCUCUGCCUACUGUUGUAUCUGCCAAAACUACCAAUUAUUUUUCAGUGUCAGGAGUUAUUAGAACCACUGGCGAAGCUCAUGGUCGAGGGUGACAUUUUUCUGCUUCUCCCUCUAGGAAGUUUUUGAGAAUGUUAAUGUUGGGGCGUGUGGGCUAGACCUAUUAGCAGCCUUCACCAGUUAGGUUAAAAGAAUGUCAAAGAGUAAUAAUUGAAUAUGAAAAUAUAUUCUGUUGUAACUGUAAUGGUGUCAGAUAAUAUGCAGAAGAAAUCAAGGCUCAUUGGUCUUGUCUGGAGGAACACAGAGCUGCUUUUUCAGAGCACCCGCUCUCCUGGCAGCACUGAACUGUGUUGGGGUUUAGUGAAUUGCCGCGGCUCCUGGAAUGAAAGCAGGAAUUACUGGCACUGUACGAUUUCCACGGGUCUAUCCAUCCUCUCUGCUCCUGACCUCCCUCUCCCUCGCUUUUCCUUCCAGGAGAGGUCCUCUCCAUUUCCAUCCCUUUAGUUCUCUCAGAUUUGAAAGAAAAAUAGGUUUGUGAUAAAAUUUCUAAAAACUAAAUCACAUAGCAGGUCUCCCUUCCUAGAAGAAACUACUAAACAGUAGUUUUUCUUUCUAAGAGUAAUAGUGUUAGUUGUUAACAACUUGAUGAACUGUAUCUGGUUUUCUUCAAAACUCUGAAUCAUAAUUUCCCUGUUGGAAAUUUCCCGCCCCUUCAGGCUGGACUUUGGGCAGAGUGGGCUGGAUUUCAGCUCCCUGCCACCACCCACUCUGCUCCCCAAGCCAGUUAUUCCUGACAAGGAAAAAAAAUUCUGGCUAUAUUCAAAGUCAGCAGGCCUAAUUUUCUUAAGGGAAAGAUAGGUUCUGCCCUUUUUUCUUUUUAGAGAUGGGACAGCAGAAACAGCAAAUAGCUGGACACAUAAAAGCACCUCUUUAUGGCUAGCCCUGCAUGGACUGUUGGGGUCUGCAGGCUUCCAUGAUGGAGUGUGAACAAACACAUCCCUGUGCUCUCACGCUGCUACCUGUGUGGGUGGGGCUCAGCAGCUCUGUUGACAGCAGAGCGGCUCGGGCAUCUAGCCUCUCCCCUCACCAUCGUCAGAUUGUAAAAAUGCCUCUAUAGCAGAUCUAACUGAAGUGACGUGGUUGCGCUUUAGCUGUUAGUGGAAGUAUCAGCUGGCAGUUUCCAGCAGCGUUUUAGACCAUGUCUCCAGUCUCAUAGGUAUUAAGCUUUGAACUGCUCUUUCUUGAUGCUAAAAGAAGUUUUUGGAGCUAGGAUCUUCAUGUGAUAACCUGGUAUCUGCAGUUCAAGCUGACGUUAGAGCGUGUGAGAUUUGACUGUCCUUAUACUGAAUUAAGUCAGCUUUGCAGAGUUGCUUCUAAUGAUCACUCUCACCACAGCAUCGCCAUCCUGAUGUACAGCAGGGUUUUUCAGAAGAUGCAGACUUGUUUCCCUGGCACAGAUACACAUCAGUAUCAGGACUGGCUGGCUGGCCUGAGUCUGGUAAAUAGGGUGCAGCCUCCUAUCUGCAUGUAUGGUUUGUUUUAAGAUGGCUGUUUCUGAAAACUUGCUGUAGAAAUCAGUAAAUUUAACAGGGGAGAGACUUUAUAUAAAGAAGUCCUGUAAAGAAGUUAAUCUUUUUGUUAUAUACAUAUGUAUGCCCCCAACCUCUUAAUCAGAUUAGGUGAUUCAGCUUUUAUCUUGCGUUUUAACUUAUAACUAUACUCCAGGGGGGGAGACUUAAUAUACAAUAUGAGGUCCUAGACAGUGAGUUUAUUUACCACAGUAUUAUAUGGUUAACCAACAUGGUGUUCACUUAUUCAUUCAUUCAUUCAUUCAUCCCAGGCUUGGGAGGAGCUGCAAAGGGGGAAUGAUGAUACUUUCAUACUGAUGUGAUAAAGCAAAGGUGCAGGCUGUCUAGUUGAAAUAUUGUAAAUGGGUUGGUGGACUUGAAUUUCAGAACUCUAAAUCUUAUAGUUAUUUCUAAGGUAAAAACUUGCUUACCUCACUAUUAUGAAGUCCUGUUAGUUUCAUAGAAAGAUCCUGUGAAAUGGUCUCAUUGGAUGGUGUAAGAGGUGGUGGCUUUGAAGCAUUUCAUGUGUUAUCAGUUUGACUCUUGGCUAACAGACUGGUGAGGUCUAGGGUGUUUUGUUUUGUUUUUGGUAUUAAUGCAAAAAUGAAUUAUAUCUUUUUCAAGACUGACUCAGAUUUGUACUUCAGUGUAUGAAAAGAAAGUGAACAUCAAACUUGUGUAUACAGAAAUAAGACUGUAUAGAAAACUAAGUCUGUGUUGUGUAGAGUAGUAUAUAUUUUGUUUAUCCAGUGCCUGUGCUAUCUUUGUGCUUGGCUUCAAAUUAUGUGUUUGUUUACAUAUGACAUUUUUUGAAAUAAAAAGAACAGGCAUCUAAAAACUUAAGGUUAUAGAAAGGAGAUGGUUUUUUAAUGCUUACCAUCUGAUUAGGUGGUGUGUUUUAAGCUUUUAGUGUGUAAAUAAAAAAAUUUUAAGAAUAAUAGCACAUUUUGCUUGGAACACCCCCAUCCAGGAGAAUUGGCUGCUUCUCUGCAUUAUACGUAUGUACAUAGUGUUCAUUAUUAGAUUGUAAGCUCCUCAAGGGCAGGGACUGUCUGUCUCAUCUUGGUAGUUCCUGCAGCACCAAGUGUCAAGUGCCUUGCACAGAGUAGGUGCUGGUGAUACAGAGAAUGAGUGAGUAACUUCCUGCCACCUGUAAGACGAAGCAUGGUUCACUUUUUCCAGUGUGCUCAAAACUGCAAGGAACUGAUGACCGGAAGAGGGCAGAAUUCUUUCUUGGGUUUGAACUGGGUCUCCUGGGCUGAAGCAGACCAUGCUAUAUCCUUUGCACUAGUUAUCUUCUUUCCCUGAAGAUAUACUGGUGUCCUGAGCUUUUAUCUGAUAGUAGGGCAGAGGUUUCUGGGAAAAGUUUGAAGUGGGAAAGAUUAUAGAGAAAAUGAAGUGGAAAUUAUGGAGGGUGUUUGUCAAAUGCAGUCCUGUGGGGCAAUCUUAUUUUAGUUAUUACUAAAGAAAAGGGUAGCAGAUUCUCUUUCUUUACCAGUUAGCUGGUUGGCCAAUUUUGCAGUUAAUGAAAGAUCAUUGGUUUUUUAGCUUUUUCCCAUUUUGGAUCCCCCGCAAUUGCUCUUAGGAUUCUGGUACUUAGAGUCUAUUGAAGUUGCUGUGAAGAUCCAGUGCUAUACAUAAUGGCAGUUUUGUAAAUGUGAAAUAACCUCAAUUACGUUGUGUUUUGUACGCAGAGCCACUGGUAUUGGUAUCUUGGCCACUUUUUUAUUCAAAAUAAAUAAA